CAACGAACAAACAAAACCGACUUCUUCGCCGCCGCGCCUUCGCUACCAUGUCCGAGCCCGCUCGCAAGAAGCCCAGGAUCACCGAAGACCUACAUGCGCUCGGUCGCAUCAUACACCAACCCAACACACCCACGCAAAGAUCACCCAGGAGGGGAGAAAACACCUCUACAGGCGCAAGUAGGAUCCUUGUACGGACUCCUGGAUCUGCAGCGGCUCAACAAGCGUCUUCUGUCAGGACUCCUACUACAAGAACCCCAACAGCUAGUGCGCGAGCGCGCAGAGUGGGAUCCGCUAGGCGCGCCGUGCCAACAACACCGCAUGCUAUCCGUGCUUUGCAGCAGCGACGAAAUGCAGUGCUGGCGUCUGGGGGAAACAGAAGGAGACAAAGCGGGCGGAUGCAAAGGGAGACGCCUAGAGACGAUCUUAGGGCGCUAAGUAGAAUCCUUGCUAAGAAGCCAAAGCCACGCUCUUCACCAAUUGAGCAGAGACCACAACGAAGACGGAGUAGUCUCGUGGACCAGGAAGACAGUCCAGCUGUUGGCCAAGCUCCACGUCUAUCUCUCCCACUCGACGCACUCGAGGAUGACAGCUUCCACGAGCAACCCCCACGGCUGUCCUAUCCACUCGACGAGGAGGAAGAUGAAAUCGAGACACAGCGGCGUGCUGCUGUCUCAGGCCGCGAACGACAGUCUCUUGGCACUCUUGCGGAUCCCUCCUUCGCCGAGCUGAAUGACCUUGCCGCGGGUGAUUACGAAGAUAUGACAGAGCAGAGACGGUUAAUGGAACAGGAUACGAGUAUAAAUAUGGAAGCAAAUGACGAGGACGGCGAGACGGCGGAGUUACGCGCUAUGCUCGAGGCGAGAAGGCAAUCCGGCCAGACCGGCAACGUGACCGAGCUAACGGACGGCGAGCCCACGUUCUUGUUUAGAAUCCCGGACAGGAGUAGAUUAUCCCUUGCUCCGACAAACUCGCCUACUCCAGACGGGCAAGGAGCGUACGACGAAGACGAUGGCUUUGAGGAUAUCGUCGACGAAGACAAUGAUCCGAACGCGGACUUUGAUGGUAUCGACAACAAUGCGCGAAAGUCUUCCGUUCCGCUUCCAGAUCACGAGCUCUCAGCGGAUGAGAGCGCAAAGCCUGUCAACAGGAAGGGUGCACGGAAACGUCCAACUAGAAACGUAAAAGUAUCGCGCUUCGGCAUCGAAUACCCCUCCUUCCCACUUUCCGUCGUCAAACGGCUUGCAAGUACCUUUUCCCGGUCAUAUGGCGGCAGCGGCAAGCUUAGCAAAGAUACUUUGGUCACUAUACAGCAAACUAGCGACUGGUUUUUCGAGCAACUGUCGGAAGAUUUAGUCGCUUAUGCCGAUCAUGCAGGGCGAAAAACCAUUGAAGAAGCAGACGUCAUAACUGCAAUGAAAAGGCAGCGGGUACUGAACCAAAAUACCACGUUAUUUUCUCUUGCGUCAAAGCAUCUCCCUCCAGAAUUACUGAGAGAGGUGCGCAUGCCCGUGCAACAGGCUAAGGGCAAGAAACGGAAGAGAAAACAAACGACACAGAAGAUGGAGACCAUCGAAGAGGACGAAGAGGAGUAGAUUUUGCAAACCACGCCCUGUGCGUGCGUACGCUUGAGAUUGGAGGAGCAUGUCCUACCACUCUCUGUUCCUCGUCACCCGCUGCGUGACGGACGACGGUUUCUUUUUGAGAAUCAUCCAAAGCAUUAUGGAAGUGGCCAGAGAUAAUGAAUACCUGGUAACCCGAAACGUUAGUACGAAACCUGAGAUGAUCCAUCAA